UACCAGUUCCACCACUUUUGUAUAACUAGCAACGGCGUCAAGAAUCAGGAGAUCAUUCCGAGGAUUGUGCUCGUCCAGGAAACGGUUCACGAAAUGUCCAAUGAAUUGAAGUAUAUGUCAGGGUUUGGGAAUGAGUUUAGCUCGGAGGAUCCCAGAUGCCCAGGUGCCCUGCCUCAAGGGCAGAACAACCCUCAGAAGUGCCCUUACGGUCUGUACGCUGAACAGCUAUCCGGCGCUGCAUUCACAGCACCAAGAGAGCACAAUGAAAGGUCUUGGCUUUAUAGGAUCAAACCAUCCGUUCUUCAUCUCCCUUAUACCAGAGAAAAUUAUGCCUUUAGCCCCAAAAACUUUGGUAAUCACGUAAACGAAGAAUUAGAGUUGGAUACACCAAGUCCAAACCAGACGAGAUGGGCACCUUUUCCGCUACCUCCUUCCUCGAAGCAAGUCGACUGGAAAGACGGUCUUUUCCCCGUUGCCGAAGGAGGCAAUUCUACGAGCAGAUCAGGCCUCUGCAUCUAUGUCUAUAGCUGCAAUGUGUCAAUGCAGAACAAAGCUGUCUAUAAUGCAGAUGGAGAUUUUCUAUUAGUCCCACAACUAGGUGUUCUGAAUGUUACUACUGAAUUUGGAAAAAUGACAGUGAAUCCAGGAGAAAUUUGUGUAAUUCAGCAAGGUAUAAAAUUCAGCAUAGCAGUUAAUGAACCAAGCAGGGGUUACGUGUUAGAAGUUUAUGGAUCACACUUCCAACUGCCUCAACUUGGACCUAUAGGUGCUAAUGGUCUGGCAAACCCAAGAGAUUUCUUAACUCCAACAGCAUGGUAUGAGGAUGUCACUGCAGAAUACAAAAUAUGUGGAAAAUUCUGUUCAAAAUGGUGGAGUGUCAAACAGAAUCAUUCACCGUUCAACGUGGUGGCUUGGCAUGGGAAUUAUUGCCCUUACAAAUAUAAUCUUGACAAUUUCAUGACCAUCAAUACAGUUUCUUAUGAUCACUGUGACCCGUCGAUUUUCACAGUUUUAACCUGCCCAUCAAACAAACCAGGAACAGCUAUAGCCGAUUUUGUUAUUUUCCCACCAAGAUGGUCCGUUGCAGAACAUACAUUCAGACCUCCAUAUUAUCACAGAAAUUGCAUGAGUGAAUACAUGGGUCUCAUCAAAGGAUCUUAUGAGGCUAAAGAAGAUGGUUUUGCACCUGGUGGUGCAUCCCUUCACCCCAUCAUGUCAGCUCAUGGACCAGAUCUUGCCUGCUUUGAAGGAGCUUCUAACGCUGAACUUAAACCAUCAAGAGUUGCAGAUGGAACUAUGGCAUUUAUGUUUGAAACUUCUCUGCAUUUAAAGACUUUCAACUGGACAAACCACUAUGUCGAUCACAAUUAUUACAAAUGCUGGGCAGGACUGGAAAAACAUUUUGACAAACUUAAUUUAGCUUCAAAAUGAUAUUCAGAAGAAAAAAUUAGAAAUGCAUUUUAAUAGUCUUUUUAGGCUAAAUAUGUUAUUAAUUAAAAAUUUGAUUGUCAUAAAAAAUAACAAUAAACGCAUAAAUUCUUGUCUUUCAUGUUCAGGAA